GAUACAAACACGUGUGUCUAUUUGAGAAAUGAUCUACGCAUCGAAUCUUAGUGUAACUCAUUUAAUUAGAUAAUCGAUCGUUGUUGAGGAAAUUAACGAAUUCGUAUUAUAGAAAUAAUUUGGCAUCGGAUCGAAUGUUAACUGUGUAUAAAAACAAAUCUCCCUAAAUCUCUUUUUCCGCUUGAGAUUGUUCCGGUACGAAAGAAAAGUUGGAAAAUUCGCGCUACGAUCGGGGGGGAAAGUUGGCACAAGUAAAUGAGACAGAACCUUUGAACGCAAAGCGAUAGAAAGAGCGAGAAGGAGAAAGGAGAAAAAAAAUUCACUCGAACGAGAGAGAUAGAGUAAGUAGUACGGCAGCGGCGACAGAAACACACUAGAGUGACUAGAGUGGGAAGCGGCCAUUUUAUGUUAGUAUGACGUAGAGGCUGGGUGUAGCACAGCUUCGCGUUAAAAACGUUUUUUUCGGGUGUUAGUUUACGAUAUUUAAUCAAAUAUACAUCUUGUGCGGUCGAAAAUAAGAAACUUAUAAGCGUAUGCUUGCGUAAGGGAGGUAAAUGAACGGUGAAACAAGAAACAUUGUGAUUCGUAAAUUAAGCCGUAGACAAGAUAAAGGUGGUUGAGGGUACAGAGUGAGAACGAGAACGUGUGCGACAGCUAAAGAGAAAAAGAGAUAGAAUUCAACGAAGAGAGAGAGAGAGAGAGAGAUAGUGAGCUAGAGCGAAAGAGAGAAAGAGAAAAAGUGCCGAAGUAGCGAGUGCGAAGCGUGAGAGAAAGAGAAACAGUGUGUGUGUGUGUGUUCGGCGAGUUGGAAAAAAAACGGAACAAGCAUGAGCGAAGAAAGCCAUCCCCGUACUCUUUACGUGGGAAAUCUAGACGCUUCGGUUUCCGACGAACUUUUGUGCGCCCUUUUCUCACAAAUUGGAGAGGUUAAAGGCUCUAAGAUAAUACGCGAACCCGGCAAUGAUCCUUACGCCUUCGUUGAAUUUACCAAUCAUCAGUGCGCCGCCACCGCUCUUGCCGCCAUGAAUAAGAGAUCCUUUCUCGAUCGUGAGAUGAAGGUUAACUGGGCAACGAGUCCCGGCAAUCACCCAAAACUCGACACGAGCAAUCAUCAUCAUAUAUUCGUUGGUGACCUGUCACCCGAAAUUGACACUGACACCCUUAAAGAAGCAUUUGCACCGUUCGGCGAAAUAAGCAACUGUCGGAUCGUACGUGAUGCACAAACAAACAAGAGCAAGGGAUAUGCUUUCGUUUCAUUCGUUAAGAAAACCGAAGCCGAGGCUGCGAUAAGCGCUAUGAACGGACAAUGGCUAGGAUCACGUAGCAUUAGGACAAAUUGGUCCACCAGAAAACCACCUCCCCCGAGAACUGAAAGGCCGAGACACUCCAACAAUAGCAAACCUAACUACGAUGAGGUGUACAAUCUAAGCAGUCCAACGAACUGUACGGUCUAUUGUGGAGGUUUUACAAAUGGUAUAACCGACGACCUGAUAAAGAAAACAUUCUCACCGUUCGGUACUAUCCAGGAUAUAAGAGUGUUCAAGGACAAGGGCUAUGCAUUCAUCAAAUUUACAACUAAAGAGGCUGCGACGCAUGCUAUUGAAGCAACGCAUAAUACUGAGAUUAAUGGUUGCACUGUUAAGUGUUUCUGGGGCAAGGAAAAUGGCGAUCCAAACAGUGUAGGACCGAAUGCUAACCAGCAAGCUCAACAGGUGACAGCUGGUGCUGGACAAUACGCUUACGGAUAUGGUCCGCAGAUGACACCCUAUUGGUACCAGCAGGGUUAUCCACCGAUGCAGAGUCAGUUUAUGCAACAACCUCCAUAUUACGGCCAGUACUAUGGUCAACCACAGUACAUGAAUAGUAUGAGGAUGCAAGCACCGGGAGCAGGUACAUGGCAACCUGGACAAGCAACGGCAGCGCCACCGACACCAUCGGCACCUUUACAACCAGGUCAACAGCCGGCAAUGGUAGCAUAUACCAUGCCCCAAUACCCAACGCAAUGAAAAAUCUUUCAAGAAGAAGAUAACGAAACAUAAAGAAAAAUACAAGGGAAAACAAAAUAACUAAAGGAAAAACAAUACACACAUACACACACGUACAUAAACACACAUACACAUAUAUGAACAAAAACAAAACGGAAGUAAAAAAGAAAAAAGGUAAAAAAAAGAUAACGACAAAGUGGAGAAUUUUCGCACGGAUUAUUUGAGACCGGGGAUUCCUUCGAAAAUCGUUCAUUUCUCAACAGUUUUUCAACGAAUACGGGUGUUUGUUCUUCGAAGAUUAAAUAAAACAAAAAAAACACAUGAAAAGAUGACAACAACAAAAACGGUGACAUUCAUAUUUGACAUAAAAGCGAGAGAGUUACAGCGCGCGUGAGCACACACGCGCACACAACACACACACACGAACACGCGCACGCAAAAAAAAACACACACACACACACACAUACACACGACAAAAUUAGCCGAAAAAGAAGAGAAAGGAGCCUUGUCCCUUUGUUGUGACGACAACACUCUGCAUAUCUAAACUCUCUCGUAUUCUUUACCCUCCCGCCCCGCCAGAAAAAGAAGUAUCGAACUUUGACUCUGCGGAUUGAGCAGCCCUCGAACUUUUUUCUUUUUGUAAGUUCCGAUCGUCAUACGCAACGAGGAGGGCCUUUGAUUUGCAGUUAAUAUAAACCCAAAAAAAAAUGACGCAAAAACUACAAGUUUUCGUUCAAUUUUUGAACGCAACUCCUGCGUUAUUUCGAGACACGAAUAUAUAUUUUUUUGUUCUCUUCUCAUUACCGUCGUUUUCAGUUACGAAUAUUUCUUGCUAGAUUUGCUAGAUUAGCAAAUAUUUGCAUAUGCGAGAAAUCUCUUUUGGUUGACCCCUUUUUGACCUAUGACGAUCGGAUUUAUGAUUGCGAAGUUGUAUUUGAUUUUUUUCUUUUAAGCGUGGUUUUUCGUAAAAACAAAAAAAAACAAACUAAAAUAAUAAGAAAAAAAACGUUUAAAGGUACAGUUUUUUCAUACAUUUUUCGAGGCGCGGUUUCUCGAACUGACACACCGUCAUUGUCCUUUAUUUCGUACGCAAAAGACAAUUUGUUAUGAGUAUCAAUGAAAACCAGAGAACGCAGUCGUUGACGAUAUGCGUGUAACUGUCGUCGGUGGUUCGGUUUCGCUCAAAUAAUCCAUUCUGCCCCGUCAUUUUGUACCCCCAGCCCUGACAUUAUCUUCUGACAAUCGUGACGAUUUUACGAACGACACGUCGCGUCGGACACUGUACGAAAUUUCGUCUCUUGUGUGUGGAAUGUAAAAAAUCAAAGGAAUGAAAACGCAGACGAAAUUAACGAUAGAUUCUGUUAAAUCUACUGAUAAAAGAAGAUUGUUAGAAUAAAAUGAAAUGUAAUCUUUGGAAACGACCGGAUCAAUUCUUCCAUCGAAACAACAAACAGCAUCAACAACACCGAAAUCAACAUCCUUUAGCAGGAUUGAGCGCCUAAUCAUUAAGGAAACGAAAGUAAUCUCUGAAUAUAUUUCUUUUUUCGCCGUUGUACAGAGAAACUAAACUUAUAUUUCCAUUAA